AUCUGAGCUCUGGAGAGAGAAAAACGGAUAAAGCCUCUCUCUUUCCGCUCUUCUCCAUCAUAUUCAGUACCAGUCCUUACUCAACAGGAGGCGAAGAAAUGCUAGCAAACCCUAGCUUCCACGCUCCAUUGCUUCACACCAAUCGGUGGAGGCUCCCUCUCUCCUGCAAUCUCCACCGCUCUCUCCGCCCCAAAAAGGCCCCACGCAGUUCCUCUUCUCUGCUUUUCUCUUCAAAAUCCUGCAGUUUGGUUGUCAGGGCUUUGGCCGAAUCCCAAGCUUCCGAGAUCAAUCCUUCAUCUGUCGAGGCGCCGCCGGGCGUUGCUCAGCCCUUCUCAGUGAAAAUUCCGGUCGGCGAUCGACAUAUCUUAGUUGAGACAGGUCAUAUAGGGAGACAAGCUAGUGGCUCUGUUACAGUAACUGAUGGUGAAACUAUUGUCUAUACAUCUGUUUGCUUGGCUGAUGUUCCUAGCGAGCCUUCUGAUUUUUUCCCUCUUUCCGUAAAUUAUCAAGAACGCUUCUCGGCAGCAGGUCGGACUAGUGGAGGAUUUUUCAAACGAGAAGGGAGGACAAAAGAUCAUGAGGUUCUCAUUUGUAGAUUGAUUGACAGGCCUUUGCGCCCAACUAUGCUUAAGGGCUUCUACCAUGAAACUCAGAUACUAUCUUGGGUUUUGAGCUAUGAUGGACUGCACUCCCCUGAUUCUUUAGCAGUUACAGCAGCUGGAAUAGCAGUAGCUCUUUCAGAAUUGCCAAUAUCAAAAGCAGUUGCCGGAGUUCGAGUUGGUAUGGUCGGGAAUAAGUUUAUCAUUAACCCAACAACCAAGGAGAUGGAGGACUCAGAGUUAGAUUUGUUGGUCGCAGGGACAGAUAGUGCAAUAUUGAUGAUAGAGGGUUAUUGUAAUUUUCUCCCGGAAGAAAAGUUAUUGCAAGCUGUAGAAGUUGGGCAGGAUGCAGUACGGGCAAUUUGCAAUGAAGUGGAGGCUUUGGCUAAGAAAUAUGGGAAACCAAAAAUGCUUGAUGCGAUAAAGUUACCUCCUCCAGAGCUAUAUAGGCAUGUUGAAGAAAUUGCAGGGCAGCAGUUGGGUAAGGUGCUUCAAAUUAGGAAUAAAAUACCGAGAAGAAAGGCCCUUAUAUCAUUGGAAGAAGAAGUUUUAACUAUACUUACAGAAGAGGGGUAUGUAAGUAAGGAUGAAACCUUGGGAACUGCCGAAACAAUACAGGAUUUAUUUGAGGAUGAAGAUGAGGAUGAAGAAGUGGUUGUGGAUGGUGAAGUAGAUGAAGGUGAUGUUCACAUAAAGCCAAUUCCACGGAAAUCCAGUCCUUUGUUUUUUUCUGAGGUAGAUGUGAAGCUGGUAUUUAAAGAAGUUACAUCCAAAUUUCUACGGAGACGUAUUGUUGAGGGUGGCAAAAGAAGUGAUGGUCGAAGCCCAGAUGGGAUACGUUUAAUCAACUCGCAAUGUGGAUUACUUCCUAGAGCACAUGGAAGUGCUCUUUUCACACGGGGGGAAACUCAGUCAUUAGCAGUGGUUACACUUGGUGAUAGACAAAUGGCACAAAGGAUAGACAACCUUGUCGAUGUAGAUGAAUUGAAGAGGUUCUAUCUUCAGUACUCGUUUCCUCCUUCAUGUGUUGGAGAGGUAGGACGGAUGGGAGCACCCAGUAGAAGGGAAAUUGGUCAUGGUAUGCUUGCAGAGAGAGCACUUGAGCCAAUUUUGCCUUCUGAAGAUGAUUUUCCUUACACUAUACGUGUUGAGAGCACUAUUACCGAAAGCAAUGGCUCUUCAAGCAUGGCAUCUGUUUGUGGGGGUUGCUUGGCUUUGCAAGAUGCUGGGGUUCCAGUAAAAUACUCCAUUGCUGGGAUAGCAAUGGGUAUGGUUUUGAACACAGAGGAAUUUGGUGGAGAUGGAACCCCACUUAUUCUAUCUGACAUAACUGGAUCCGAAGAUGCAUCUGGAGAUAUGGAUUUUAAGGUUGCUGGAACUGAAGAUGGUAUAACUGCAUUUCAGAUGGACAUAAAGGUAGGGGGAAUUACAUUACCAAUUAUGAAGCAGGCACUCCUACAAGCAAAAGAUGGCCGAAAACAGAUUCUUGUUGAGAUGUCAAAAUGCUCACCUCUACCUGCAAAAAGACUUUCUAAAUAUGCUCCCCUCAUUCACAUUAUGAAGGUCAAACCAGAGAAAAUUAACAUCAUUAUUGGUCCUGGUGGGAAGAAAGUGAAGAGUAUUAUUGAAGAAACUGGAGUAGAAGCUAUUGACACACAAGAUGAUGGAAUAGUGAAAAUCACUGCAAAGGAUUUGAUAAGCCUGGAGAAGUCUAAAACCAUUAUUAGUAGCCUGACAAUGGUUCCAACUGUUGGUGAUAUUUACAGGAAUUGUGAGAUCAAAUCAAUAGCUCCUUAUGGAGUUUUUGUUGAGAUUGCACCAGGCCGUGAGGGACUUUGUCAUAUUAGUGAGUUGAGUCCAAGUUGGCUGGCAAAGACGGAAGAUGCUUUUAAAGUUGGAGACCGCCUCGAUGUUAAACUUAUUGAGAUAAAUGAUAAAGGACAGCUUCGCCUUAGCCGGAAAGCAUUACUUCCCAAUGCAAAUCCAGAGAAACCCAGUUUGAAGCAACGUACAAGUAGUAAGGAAAAUGCUGCUUCACAGAAAGCUCCUGAUAAGGGUACAACUAAAAAGGCUGUAAACAUGCCAAAGGAUGGAUUAGGAGAAGUGAAUGUAGAGCUGUCCAAUGAUACAAGUAGCAACCCAAAACCUGUGAGCUCACAUACAACUAAUUCAGCCGAAGGUGAUGCACUCCCUCAGAAGAUUAUUAAGAGAUUAGUCAGCUCUGGAAGAGAUGAACCUGAUACUAACAAAGAGAGGCCAAAGAAGAGCAUUAGUAAAGCAGUUACCAGUGUCUCCAACAAAGAUGAAAGUAGUUUAGUGAAUGGAGAAGCGAAAAUCUGAUACCAAGUAUAUCUCAUUCUCGGUUUAGUGAUGAAGAAUUACAUGAACCUAUUUCUACGGAGAGAGUGCUGGUUGAAGGUCCCUCAUGCUAACAGGACUCACAGGAAGGGAUUCUUACAUGAUUUUCCCCCCUGAAAGCUUGCCAUUAUAAUGAAAGUGUUGAAAAUUAACCUGGAGCAGAAGGAACCUAAUAAAAUGUAGCCUCUCAUGGUGUGUUCAUCUUAGGGAUAAAAAGGCUCAUAGCAAGGGGUUUAUCAUAUCAAUGGUCAAUGUUUGACGAGAAACUCCCAUUUUCAGUCCAGGGGUUAAACUUGCAUGCUAGAAUGCUAGACAGGUGCGGCCUUUCAUCCCUUGCUGCUUUCAUGACAAUUGAUUUUGGACUGUCGUCUCAAGGAUGCCAUAAUGGUGGUUUUCCUAUUCAAUUUGUUAUCCAUAUAAGACCCUUUGCGCAAAAUUUGCAUCCUGCCCUUCUCAACAUGAUAAUCAUUUGCCAUUUCGACUGAAUCUCCAAAAGAUUAUGGUGCAUUUUUGUGGGUCCUUCAUGCCCUUUUGUAAGGGUUUGCGUAGCCAAGUUCAUUGUUGUAUGUUCAUUAUUGUACUUCUGUUGUGUGCUCAUUCUAGGGUGUUCAUUUUGUAUAUCAUGGAAAUCGCAUUCAAAUUUCAGUUUGAAUCAAGGGGUACAGUCUUUUACAGGAA